UCGGAAAAAUCCAGUUCUUUCAAAUGCUGCACUUUUGGAGCGUCUCGUCUUCCGCAACGUCACUUGGCUACUGGAGCAUUUAACGGUCGCAUGGCUAUUUGGGAUUUGGGAUCUGGAGGCCAUUUGGAUGUUCCAGUCUAUGGAGUUCAAGCCCAUUCAGAAAUCGUUAACACGAUCGAUGCUGUCGGUGGUUUGGGAAUCGGGGAGGGGGCCCCAGAAAUUGCCACCGGUAGUCGUGACGGUACUGUGAAGGUAUGGGAUCCGAGACAGGCUAAAAUCCCCGUUGCGACCAUGGAACCGGGACCCACAGAGGGUACUGACCUUCCUUCCUCCAUUUCCAAUAAUCGCCGAGAUUGUUGGACCGUUGCGUUUGGUCAUGCAUACAAUUGCCAGGAUCGAUGUUUGGCCGCUGGUUAUGAUAACGGGGAUGUCAAAUUGUUUGAUUUGCGCGCGAUGAAAGUUCGAUGGGAAACAAAUGUAAAGAACGGAGUUUGUUCUUUACAGUUUGACCGAAAAGACAUCGAAAUGAACAAGCUAGUGGCAACCACUUUAGAAGGAAAAAUCCACGUGUGGGAUAUGCGUACACAGCACCCAAAAAAGGGCUUCGCUUCUUUAACUGAGAAAGACCAGGGCGCAACGAUCUGGCAAGUGCGACAUUUGCCACAGCAGCGUGACGUAUUCAUGACUGCCGGUGGGAACGGAUCUCUUUGCCUGUGGCAGUAUCAUUAUCCAGCAAAACGUCGACGAACGGUUCGUGAAGCCGGUCCGGAAGGACGAGGAGAUAUUGAAGUAGCUCAAGGCGUGAUUGGCACACUUUCACAACUACAAAAUGUUGUUCUGUCCAAUCAGCCGGUGAACAGUUUGGAUUGGUGCGCGGACAAACUGGGUUUGGCUGUCUGUGUCUCAUUCGACCAAACCUUGCGAUUGUUGAUUGUCACUAAGCUCAAUAAAUUGUGA